AUGCCCUGGACCCUCUGGCCGAAGUGGCUGGUAGGCAAGGGACUGCCCCUUCUCGGGGCAGUGCUGCUGCGGAAGAGAGAAAAGCGGGGAACCCGAUGGAGCCAUUGCUGGCGGGAAACCCACCCAUAUUACGACCUACAGGUGAAGGUGCUGAGGGCCAGAAACAUCCAAGACACGGAUCUGUUGUCCAAAGCCGACUGCUAUGUCAAACUGUGGCUGCCCACAGCUUCUCCUAGCCCCUCUCAGACAAGGACGGUGACUAACUGCAGUGACCCAGAGUGGAACGAGACCUUCCAUUAUCAGGUCCAUGGUGCUGUGAAGAAUGUCCUGGAGCUAACCCUUGGUGACAAGGAUAUCCUGAACAGUGACCAGCUCUCCAGACUUUGGUUUGACCUGAGUAGUCUCCAGCCAGGCAAACCUCACACAAAAAUCUUCCCUCUGAACCAGCAGGAUUCACAAGAGCUGCAAGUAGAAUUUACUCUGGAGAAGAGUCAGAAGCCUGUUUCUGAAGUCAUCACCAAUGGAGUCCUGGUGGCUCAGCCCUGUCUGAAAAUCCAGGUUACGCUCAUAGGAGACAAGACAGCCUCACUUGGAGAGUACGGCUCAAGGCAGAUCCAGCUGGCAGUGCCUGGGGCCUAUGAGAAGCCACAGCUAGUGCCUCUCCAGCAGACCAGGGAGCCAGAUCUACCACCUACCUUUACCUUCCACGUGAACCCAGUGCUAAACCCCAAACUGCACGUAGAGCUGGAGGAAAACCUCCUGGUUCUACAGAGUGACCCAAACGACGAGCUGGAGGCUCAGACCAGCAAGCUGAGCAAGGCAGACAUCUUGCUUUCCUCUCUGCCUCUCGGCCAGGAGAAACAGCACUCUGUGGGCCGGGAGGUGGCUCUGAGUCUGAAGGCGGAGGAAAUGAGCUCUGAGGACUUAGACCUGCGUCUUGGCUUUGAGCUCUGCGAUGGGGAGCUGGAAUUUCUGGACAAGAGGAAGCAUGUCGUAUCCAAGGCCCUGCAGCGGGUGAUGGGACUGAGUGAGGCUCCACACUGUGACCAGGUGCCUGUGAUCGCCGUGUUAGGCUCCGGGGGUGGAACCAGAGCCAUGACGUCCCUGUACGGCAGCUUGGCAGGGCUGCAGGAGCUUGGCCUGCUAGAUGCUGUGACCUACCUAAGCGGGGUUUCUGGGUCUACCUGGUGCAUCUCUACGCUCUACAAGGACCCAUCCUGGUCCCAGGAGCCUUUGCAGGGCCCCAUUGACCGUGCCUCGGCUCGAGUCUGCAGCAGUAAGAUAGGGUUGAUGUCCCCAGAGCAGCUGCAACACUACACCCGGGAAAAGGAGAGCUGGAAGAGCAGAGGCCAGACCAUGUCCCUCACUGACUUAUGGGGCCUCGUUAUCGAGUAUUUCCUGAACCAGAGGGAAAACCCCGCCAAGCUGUCAGACCAGCAAGAAAUAGUCAGCCAGGGUCAGAACCCUUACCCCAUCUAUGCCAGCGUCAAUGUCUACAAACACAUCAGUGCGGAAGACUUUGCAGAGUGGUGUGAGUUCACCCCCUAUGAGGUCGGUUUCCACAAGUAUGGGGCUUACAUUCCCACCGAACUCUUCGGCUCUGAGUUCUUCAUGGGUCGGCUACUGCAGCGCUGGCCAGAACCCCGCAUCUGUUACCUGCAGGGCAUGUGGGGCAGUGCUUUUGCAGCCAGCCUGAAUGAGAUCUCCCUGAAGAUGGGAGGCUCAGGCCUGGGUUUCCUGGACUGGUUCGAAGAGCGCGUUAACGUCACAGAUGACUGCCCAAAGUCCCAGUUUCAGGACCCCACACGACUGCCUACCAGGGUCAUCACCCCACAGGGUCCCGUCUCUCAGGCUAUGUUGGACAUAUUCACCUCCCGCUUGACCUGUGCCCAGAACUUCAACUUUACCCGAGGUCUCUGCCUGCACAAGGACUAUGUGACUAGUGUGGAGUUCAUGGCCCGGAAAGACAGACACCCUGACGCUUACCCCAACAAGCUCACACCCAUGAGGGAGAGCCUGUGCCUAGUGGACGGAGGCUUUGCCACCAACUCACCAUUCCCGCUGAUCCUGCAGCCCCGGCGGGCCGUGGACCUCAUUGUGUCCUUUGACUAUUCCUUGGAAGCCCCCUUUCAGGUCUUGCAGAUGACAGAGAAGUACUGCCUGGACCGAGGAAUACCCUUCCCCCGGAUUGAGGUGGAACCCGAGGACUUGGAGGAUCCCCGUGAGUGCUAUCUGUUCACCAAGGCCGAGGACCCCCGCUCACCCAUUGUGCUGCAUUUCCCCCUUGUCAACAGGACCUUCCGCACACAUCUGACCCCAGAUAAAGAACGACAAACAGCUGAAGAGAAGGCCUUUGGGGACUUUGUCAUCAAUGGGCCAGAUACCCCCUAUGGGAUGAUGGAUUUUACCUAUGAGCCCAAGGAGUUUGAUCGGUUGGUGGAGCUGAGUCGAUACAAUGUCCUGAACAACAAGGAGACCAUAAAACGUGCCCUCCAGCUGGCCUUGGAUCGGCGGCAGGCUGAGGAAAAUGUUGGGGGCCAUCCUGGUGGGAGUCAGAGGACUGUGGCAGAGAUGUGA